AUGGCCUUACCACCAAAGAUCCUCCCACAAGCAUCAGUCAGCGUCACCCUUGCUCUGAGCAGUCCCUGUGUUCUUCAGCUCCUAGGCGGCCAAGCUCCUCAAAUGGCAGCUCAAACAAUCUCCAAGGCCACCGGCGGACGUGUGAUCUCAUCUCAAUCAACAUCGCUGUGUUUCUGUUCUCCCAGAGCUUCCACCUCCCCUUCUUCGACCAUCUCAGCCUCAUCACCCCCACUGAGUACUGGUCCCACUUAG